GUGAACAGUCUCUGUCACCAACAGGCGCCCGCGGUUAGCCGUUCGGGUCUCUCUGAUUGGUUAUUGUCAUAGGGGGAGUAAACCUAGGCUUUCUACAUAAGUAAAGGACAAAGCAUCCUCACAGUCUUCGUCGCCAUUUUGCUGUGACGAUCAGUAAAAGCAGAAUUUCUGUGAACGAUGUCCCGCGACAGAUACCGAAACCGUGGUGGAAUGGGCGGAGGUGGAGGAGGCAUGGGGUUGAACAUUUACCGUCGGGGGAACGGUGGCCGUGGAGGUAUGGGCGGCAUGUCGAACUACCGAGGACACAGCUACAUGGACUCCAACAGAGGCCCUUCAGGUCAUUACAACCAACAGCAGCAUAAACCUCAGCAGAACCAACAGAAGCCCCCGCAGAACCAACAGCCUCUGAACCAACAGGCGCAGAACCAGCAGGCGCAGAAGCCCACGCAACAACCGCAGCAGCAACAGCCGCAACAGAAGCCGCCGCAGGUGAAUAAUCAGGAACAGAAACCUCCCAGCCAAGAAGCCCCGAAGACCGCGCAGACUCCACAGACCCCCGCGGCCAAGACUCCCGCCGCUAAGCCCGCAGCGCCGCAGACCCCAGCCGCCUCCCCGCAGACUAAGCCGGCGCCGUCCCCUCAGCAGAAGCCCGCCACUACUCCUCAACAGCAGCAACCGCCCCCCGCCACACAGAAGCCGGCCCCCCCGAACCAGGCCCCAAAGCAGCAGCAGCCGCCGCCUAAAGCCGCACCUCCCGCCGUGCAAAACGCAGCUCAGCCGCAGUCCCAUCCACCGCCCCAGCAGCAGCAGAAGCCUGUACCGCCACAGCAGCAGAAGCCUGCACCGCCCCAACAGCAGCAACAGAAGCCUGCACCGCCCCAACAGCAGCAGCAAAAGCCUGCACCGCCCCAACAGCAGCACAACCAGAACCAGCAGAGGCAGCGGCCUGGAAACAAUCCCCAGCCCGGCCAGAAGAGGCCGCACCAGUCCAGAUUCCAUUCACAGCCACCGCCAACGAAACCGGAACAGCAUUCGGAGGUCGAAAGCGAUGUUCGUGACGAGGGCGGAUGGAACGAUGGGGUCAGGGCCACUCUGUCUCUUCUAAAGAGACCUGGAGAGAAGACUUACACCCAGCGCUGUCGCCUCUUUGUGGGAAAUCUUCCUAAUGAUAUCACAGAUGAAGAGUUCAAAAAACUGUUUGGCAAAUAUGGAGAACCCGGGGAGGUGUUCAUCAACAAAAGCAAAGGUUUUGGCUUCAUCAAGUUGGAAACUAGAGCCCUGGCUGAGAUUGCCAAGGCAGAAUUGGAUGAUUUCCCAAUGAGAGGUAGACAACUCAGGGUACGAUUUGCCACCCAUUCUGCUGCUCUUUCUGUGCGGAACUUGUCACCAUAUGUAUCAAAUGAGCUUUUAGAAGAGGCCUUCAGCCAGUUUGGACCGGUUGAGAGGGCUGUGGUUAUAGUGGAUGAUCGCGGUAGAUCCACUGGAAAAGGAAUUGUUGAGUUUGCUGCCAAACCAGUUGCCAGAAAGGCCUUUGAAAGGUGUACAGAAGGAGUGUUUCUUUUGACGACGACACCAAUGCCUGUUAUUGUUGAGCCCUUGGAGCAAUUUGAUGAUGAGGAUGGUCUUCCUGAGAAACUUGCCCAGAAGAACCACAUGUAUCAAAAGGAGAGAGAAGUACCACCUAGGUUUGCACAACAUGGCUCCUUUGAGUUUGAAUAUUCCCAGAGGUGGAAGUCUCUUGAUGAAAUGGAGAAACAGCAAAGGCAGCAAGUUGAGAAAAACAUGAAGGAAGCUAAGGAGAAGCUUGAAAGUGAAAUGGAAGAUGCUUUCCAUGAACAUCAGGCCAACCUGCUUCGACAAGAUCUGUUGAGACGUCAGGAAGAGCUUAGACGUAUGGAGGAAUUACACAACCAAGAAAUGCAAAAGCGUAAGGAGAUGCAAUUAAGACAAGAGGAGGAACGGCGGAGGAGAGAGGAAGAACUGAUGCUUCGUCAGCGUGAAAUGGAAGAGCAGAUGAGGCGCCAAAGAGAAGAGGGCUACCGUAUGGGAUACAUGGACCCAAGGGAGCGAGAGAUGCGCAUGGGAGCAAACUCUAUGUCAAUGGGAGAUCCCUAUGGUGCAGCAGCACAGAAGUACCCACCCCUUGGGACACCUGGUAUGGCUUAUGAUGGUAGCCCAGGUGUGACCCAGGCAACAAUUGCUUCAUCUCUUAUGGCAGGGGAAAUGCGUAAUGAUCGGUUUGCCCAGGGCAAUGCAGGGACUCCCAAUGCACAGGCUUCCAGAGGGAUUGGGGCUGUAGCUCCUGCAGCAGCUGCUGGAGGCUAUAGCAGGGGAAGAGAUGACUAUGAAGGGCCAAACAAAAAACCCAGGUUCUAAACAGAUUCACUGAAGUGUAAUUUUUUUUGUUUAAUAUAUUUUUUUUUAACUUUCAUUUUAGCGAGAAGGUAACACUUUUAUGGAUGCCUCUGCUUGACCCAGUAUUUGUAAAGCCAGUUAAUAUAUACAGAUAUCAUUUUGUGACACAUUCUCAUUUGUUUUAUGACAGUUUAUGUGGUUUCCCUUAUCUCCCUUUUUUAUAUAUUUUUAAACUGUGCUUGAGCUAUACUGGAUGCUAUACAAUGCUCUUGGACUAUGUCAUUUAGGUUUCAGUUGACUGGGAUAACAGAUCUCAGGAACUAUUAAAGACCUCCUUGGUUGUGGCAUGGUGAGACUGCAGCAUGACUUGCCUUGCCUCUGACACUCAGUGACGGACUGUAAAGUCAGAUAGGCAGCACCACACCAUACAUUUUAACCAUUCUGUGCAGCACAAAUGUGGCUGGCUGUGGUAUUGUCAUGAUGGUGGUUUAAUUCUUAUAAAUGUGUGGUUUAUCUGCCCAGUAUUCUGGGCAAGAUAGAAUAACACACUAAUCUUUAUGUAUUUGAGUAUUGUGACUUGAGUAGAAGCUCCAUGAAAUGUCCUUGUAAUCCGUUGUAUUAAAAAAAACUUAUAAAUAAAAAAAAAAAUGUGGAAUGCUUAUUGUGUUGGGUAACCAUACAGUCAGUACUGAAACAGGACUUCCAAAGCAUGGAGUUGUGUACAGCAUUGUGAUCUGACUUCAUGAACUUAUAUUUCAGUAAGUGUCUACAUCUCCUCUGUAACAGAUACAUUGCUGGAAUAGGUUUCCAUCAGUUCAUAAUUAUUCAACCAGGAGAGAUUCUCCUGUACUUAGUAGCUAAUGUUAUGGGUAAAAAUGGGACAUUGUCCCCAUACUACUUGGGAGUUUGUAGAGACAAAUAUACUAUCCAAGAAUAGUCGCAAGGUCUUGCUUUACUUUGCAAAGGACUUUUAGUAACUGAAGCUCUCUAGAUCUAUACUAGUUCUAACACCAUCCCUUGUGGUAAACUUUUUUUUUAAUUUUUUAAAACUUGAGUAUGCUUCUGAUACUGCUGCAUCUGAACAGGCUGUGUAUUUUUUUUUUCCCUUCAUUUAAAAGGGACAUGAGAACAAUUCCUAAACAUUGUUCUAUAGUAAAACUAUAUACUGAUGAGAUGAUGCAUGAAGACACGAACAAGCCAUAAAUAUAGUAAAUUCUGUAGCAAACUUUUUUUAUAUGGGACAUACAAAUGAAAUGCUAUAGGUCUACAUGCUUGGGCUUUUUACUGUAUUUGUAAUGUUAACUGUAGACCUGAUCCUGGAAACUAAUAUUGCCUGUCUAAAACACUUCAGGUGUUUAGCCAAUUCUAUCUAUGGCUAUGACUUCCACCCCCUACAGUAUGUGUGCAGAGUUGGGUCUCUAGCAUUCUUGCUAGAAUGUUCAACACAUGUAAAACUGGAAAAGGAAUAAAUUCUUGCUUUUGAAUUAAAAGGGCACUCUACAGUGAUGGCAUAUCAUGGCAAAAUACAAACCUCUGGCACACUUAAUAGGGAAUUGAAACAAGCCCCAUCUCUUGAAUUGGCAGAUGCCACUGCCUGAAAAGCCUAAGGCCUUCAGUCUAACCCCUUCCCCCCCCCCCCCUCCAUAUUCUUAGGAUCAGUAGGGGAAUCAGAUCUGAGUUCCGUCAGUGUUAGUAUAGCCUAUUGAUAUGCAAUCACUGUGACUGACCCUUUAAAAAAAAAAAAAAAUACUUCAAGAUAUAAUUGUUUUUGCUAAUCAAUGCAAAAAUUGGUUAAAAUCACACAAUUAUCAGGGCUUGGAAUUCCUUAAUGGGUAUGCAUUUAAGGUUCCGUUUUAGUAAAGAUUGAGAUUACUGUUUAUAUGAUAUCCAAGCAAAUGGGUUAACUUUGCCUUAAAAUGCACAUCCAGGUGUCCAAUAAAGUUCUUUAUGGGAACACUAGAUUCCCAAGUGGCUCAAAAGAAUCACUGGCCUCUUAAAUAAAAUCUUGCACUUUACAGUUAAUUUGGCCUGUAGUCUUACCUUUCCACUGAAUAGGUGGUUAAUGUUAGUUUGGGGGUCCCAAUAUUCCACUUGGGGAUUCCAGCAGGCAAUCUCUUCCUGUUCUGGCAGCUAAAUGACUUUCUAGGAGGCAUGAAGUAGAGAUGCAUAUGGAAUCUGCUGAGCAAUGAUCAUGCAUACCCCAGUAACCUAACACUUAUUACCUGUUUAGUACUUGGUUACUGCAGAAAGUUGCCAUGUGUAGUCUUAACUAAUCUUGUAGGUUGAAGACUUAUGGAAAUGACUCUGUGCUAGAUUUUCUGUACAAGCUACCCUAUUCUAACUGCGCAGCUAGAUGGUGAUCUUUUAUACAGAGAAAAUCAAAGGACUAAACUAACUUGAACCACUUAAUUUGUACAAUUAAGGAUACAACAAUCAACUGGCUUUUUCUCCAAGGUUAAUUCUGUGUUUUUUAAAUUUCAGUGUCUUGGGAAUAUAAAGCUUCAACAUUCUCAGGAGUAGGCAGUUUCUCAUACCAUUAAUGUUUAAAGCCUGACUUUUUUUUUUUUUUUUUUUCCCCCUAGAAUGGCACUUGUUUUGCUUUAUAUAAUAUCCAGUGUAUAGCUGCAAGCAUACACUUCUGAAGCAGGCAAAGCCAUUCUCUACUGUACUAUUAGAGGGUUCGGGUUCAUGCUCCAAAGAGACUAAAUGUCUACAGGUAAAGUAGUUGCCAAUCAGUAGUCGAAAAUAUAUGACAUUGAGCCUUUUAUUUGCAAAUAAUUAAUGAAAACCCCAUUUUUUUUUUCUGCAUUAGUUCUGCUAAAAUUUGUACAAAACUUGUAAACUUAUUAGACUAGUGUCCUAGAAGUUAUCAGCUAUUCAUGUGAAAAGGCAAACUACUGUAAGAAAAGCUAGUUUGUCAAUUUUAUUAACGCAAUGGCCCUGACUUACUAAGAGUGGAGUUCUGUUUGUGGGUUUUAAGUCCCUACAAUAUUUUAUUUUAUUUUUGUCCACUAUUUACUAAGGCUUCCAUACAUCUAAUUUUUUUUUUUAAUUUUUUUUAUUACACAUGCUCUGAUCUAUGGGGUUUUCCGCAGCUCAAAUCCACUACAUUUUCUUUGGAAACCUUGGUAAAUAUGCUGGGUUUUUGUGAAAACGUGGGACACGCAGCUUUUUUUUCCGGUGACUAUGCCCACUUUCCCAACGGCCACCCCUUUUUUUUUUUUUUUUUUUUUUUUUUUUUUCCCCCUGGGUUUUCUCAGUAAAAUGGUUUUAUAUUUUUUUUUUUUUCUGGCACUACCCAACACUGGGUUUACAGUAGUAAAUCAGGGCCAAUGUGUUAUUUAAAGAUGUCAUUUAGAAAAACUCAACAUGUCAAAAGUUUUGACUUGGAUGAAGCGCACACUCUACCCUUAGUUCUUGCUCCAACUAUCAAGGGGUUAGUGCAGCACAGACUCUGACAAAUCAAAACUUGAACAUCCAAGUUUUUCUAAUGACUGUAUACACAGUAGUUUUUUUAUUAUUUUUUAUACCAUAACAGUGUCUAGAAUUGCCAUAGAUUGUGUAGUUGACAAAUAAUUCAGUGGCACUGCCAUGUGCUCAUAGGCAAUUUUAGCAGUCAGGCAUUUGCUGGACCCCUUUAUGCCAGUGUUUUUACACUGCAGGGUUCGUAAAACUAUAUAGAAGUUUGGGGUAUAACUUUGCAAUUGUUCUUGUUUGGAUCAGUCAACCUCGUUUAGGGUUUUCAGUUUCUCAAUCUGGGAAUAAAAUUCUAGACUUGUUUAAGAAGCUGGUUGUAUUUGGAACAUCUUUCCCCUCGAGUGCUUCAAUUUUUUCAAUGCAGGGUCACCCAGAAUAAUUAAAGGAAAAGUGGUCAGCCCGUUCACCCAACCUACACCUUAUACACUGUCUUUUAUAGUGUGGGUGAACAGGGGUCAGAGGGGUAAUUUACUUAAAUAUGUCCAGAAGGUCCCCCCAAAGUGAAUCGUGCAGUGGGGGGCAGGGCUUCAUCAGCUUAAUUUACAUAUUCAUUAUCUCCUAGUGAAGUCACUGGGCGCACCCCCCCCACUGCUCGAUUCACUGAAUUAAGCAGUGGAUCUUCUGGGGGGACAUAUGAGGACCUACUGGAUAUAUUUAAGUGACCCCUUGUUGGACUCCUGUUCACCCACACUAUAACCCAGUGUGUAAGGUUUAGUGUGGGUGAACGGGCUCAGUUUUCCUUUUAAAUACCAUUAAACGGUAAUAGUGCUAAUAACAGAAGAUGGCUGGUAAUCAAAUAUUACGUUAGAGAGGAAUGGGGACUCUGUUCGCAGUAAAUGCCAUUGGCAAGCUUGCUAGUUGGCAAACCUAUGUCCUUUAGAAAAUGUUUGCGUAUACUUGCUGUUUAACGCAAGUUUCAUCGUUUUAAUAUCAGCUAGUUAACUCACUGUCAAGGUCUUCUUCACUUAAUCCUGGCAAAGAUGUGUACUUCAACUUUGUGAUCUUGGCAGCCAGAGGCAUGGGAACGCAUUUACGUGUUAGCCACUUCAUUUGCACGUACAGUCUUAGUGGCCGUCUGUAGCAAGCAGUUCUGCAGUGCAUAACUUUGAGGAACAUAGUGCUACCAAAGGACUGUAGGAUCCGGGAUGUAGUAUUGCCGCUUCAAGAUGCUCAGUGCUGACCGUGUUCAGGUAGGUACAUAAGAAAUCCUCUACCUUGGUGAAAUACUGUGUUAAAAAAUUAAAU